AUGGCCUGGUACUCCAUCCUCCCCCCCGACCUCACAUACCUCGAAACCUGGGCCGCCCGGAUCUUCUUCAUCCUAGGCCUAAUAACCCUCCUCCCCUGGACUGCCCUCCUUAUCUUCGACUUUGUGCUGUACAUCGUGCGCAUGGCGCUUUACGAGAUGCCGGUUGUCGGGGGCCGCGUGAGAGGUGCGCAGAGACCGCGGGCGCCGAGUUUGAAUGAGAGGCUGGAUGGGGGUGCGAGGAGGGUUUUUGUGCUGGGGCAGGGGGGUGAGAAGAAUAUUGAGGGGUAUGUUUAUGGUGAUGGGGAUCUGGAUGAGGAGGGAUAUGCGGAGGGUUAUCGGGAUGAGGGGGAGCGGGAGCGGGAGCGCGAGGGGAAGAAGCUGUGA